AUGAGCGAUUAUUCUCAUCCAUCAUACAAUCGGGCGGCAACUACGAACACAACCGCAUCAUCACAUAAACAUAAUAUUCCACCUUCAAAUCCAGCAUCUCAGCAACAAAAUACGCGUCCGCCCUACACCAACUCAAUGUUGAAUUCGAUCUCUUCCGAUGUGUAUGGGUCACCGAAUUCACAAAUUCCAUAUCAGCAACCACCAUUAAAUUCUCAUCACAACGGUAGUUUCCAGCUUAAUCCGAAUGCUCCACCUUUUCACCCAUCAUAUUCGUAUCAUUUGCACGAUAUUCCAUCUUACGUAAAUGCUCCAAUGUACGAUGGAUAUUGUCCAGCUAACGCUUAUGAUUAUCAGUUUUCACAAGAGAUUCCAAUGUUCACUCCAUAUAUGGAGCCACCAGCAGCAAAUGGUGAUGAUGCGGAAACUCUUGGUGCAGAAUUAGGUUAUGCUAAUAACUUUGGGUAUUAUGGACUUCAAGCUAACCUUUCACCUGCUCUCUGCGAACGAAUGCUGUGCAGUGAACGAGCCAAGGAGUUACAGGAGAUACAAGUCGGUUUAGAGCAGCUAAUAUUAGAGCCAGGUGAAUUUGAAACCUGGUCGAAUGCUAUCCGAGAGCGCACUACCAAUCCAUCGUUCAAAAUUGACGCUUUGAAAAUAGCGGUUGAAAUGAUUAUUCAGUUGGCAGCUUUUACUUCAUCAUCGCAAACGGUACAGUACAAUUUGGCAAAGUUAUGUUCAUUUUUGUGUCAUGACCUGCAAACUUUCCAAGAUGAUAUGAUUGCUAGCUUAUUAAGCUUCCACGAAGAGCAAAGAUCUAAUCUCAGUGAUCAGCAACGAAAGAAUCUUUUGCUUUUUUUUGCAGAGAUUUAUGACAAACUAGAGUCGAAAAAAAGUUCACAGAUGCAGGCUUUUGAGAACGCGCUACUGGACCAAAUCAAAGAAGUCUUAGUAGCUGAUCGUUUGGAUGAUUCGAAAGUUAAAGUAGUAGUAGAAGUGCUUAAGCUUACUGGUCGUUAUUUGGAUAUUGAUGAAGGAACCUCAAAAAUUAACGAGAUCCUCACACAGUUGAAUGCUAUUGCUAAAGCACAUCCAGCUAUCAGCGAUUCUGUGAAGGAGCGGAUACUGAGUUUGAACACAUGGCGUGAGAACAAAUGGGAUGCAAGGAAUUUUCCAGCUAAUAAAGAAGGAAAAUUAACGACUGACCAGGGUCGUAGAGAAAAUGAUCAAGGCUUAACACCAUCUUGCUCAUCCAGUUUCAUUAUUGGCCCUGAUGGUCAGCCAUUGACUGAAGAAGAGCGAGCCUUUCUCGAAGAAAGCUUUCGUAAACUGGAUAAUAAUGACACGAUGUUGGAUAAUGAUGAUGUGAGCGACGAAUAUGACGAAUUUUUGUCGGCAGUCGCUAAUGAAGAAGCUAAAAAACGCGUGGCAGAAAUGGAAAUGGCUGAAAUGGAAAAGCAAAUGGCAAAAACUAGUUUAGACGGUCGGGGUGAAAUCUCUUCAAAUCGGAGUGAAAAUGGCAAGGGUACGGCAAAAGAAAGAGGAAAUGGAAAAAACUGA